UAACCGCGGUUGCUACUAAAUGCAUCGGACGGUUGAAACAAGGGUGCAAGACAAAUGGAGUGAUGAUGGGGCCCAUGAAGCCCCAAGUUUUAAUGGGGGAGUUCUUUCAUGUUAGGAAACCGUUUUAAAGCACAGAAGGGUUUCCUCCAAGGAUAAAAGAAACAGAGGGAGGGGUACAAGUAGAACUGGUAUUGAAUGGAUGUGGUCACAUUUGGCAUCAUAAUCGGCAUAAUCGUACUCUUCUUGUGCGCUGUUUGCUAUAUCACAAUCGAAGGCACCUGCAAGGGCCGGCGUUCCUGAUUCCAUCCAAACACGCCCUUUUUUCGCGAGAAUGCGAAUGUCGUCUCGUCAUAAAUGGAGUUCCUUGCUAUUGCUAGCGGUGGUUCUCUGCCUUUGUUUCGAUCUGCGCUUGGGAAGUGGAUCCUGUUCUACGCCGCAACACGAGGACCUUCACGGACAUCACUACCAUCAGUGUGACCAUGGACACGGCGAUCAUCACCACCACAAUCACCAGCACCGCCAUGUUGAUAGUCAUGAACAGAAGAAGAGAAUGCUGCUCCCGGAAGAAUUGGCCGAAGAGGAGGAUAUGAUGCGGAAUGGUUUUGGAUCCUACCGUCAUGACGAUGAUCAUGAGUAUGAGCAUCAUGGAAGUUCGAAACUCUCCGGUUUAGGCCUUUGGUUUCGCGCAUUGGGCUGCUCACUCUUGGUGAGCUUAGCUUCCUUCAUUUGCUUGAUUAUCUUGCCGGUGAUAUUCAUACAAGGAAAACUGUCCAAGGCAGUUGUUGAUUCGUUGGCCUUGUUUGGGGCAGGAGCUAUGUUAGGCGAUGCUUUUCUUCACCAACUACCACAUGCUUUUGGUGGUGAACAAUCUCACUCGCAUGAUCAACAUGCAGACCUUCCACAUCAUUUUCAUGUUGGAAGUGGACAUUCACAUUCUCAUUCUCUGACAGACCUUUCUGUGGGAAUUUCUGUUUUGUCCGGAAUUCUACUCUUUCUUGUAGUGGAGAAGUUGGUGAGGUAUGUUGAAGAUAACUCAGGGGCAGCUAACACCUGGAGUCAUAGUCAUCAUAAUCAUCACCAUAAGAUGAAUAGAAACUUGAACAAUGAUAAUAAUGAUAAUGAAAAAACAUCAUCUCGAUCUUCACAGAGAAAAGAGUUGCAUGAAAGGACAGAUGACUCUUUGGAUGGAGAUAAUUUAAGUCAAAAUGAAUCUCUUUGGAAGAGAAAGAUGACCUCUGGUACCGGGGAUGUCAAACCAGAGGUAGAUGCUGAUAAUAGCUUCAGUGAUGGUAUUGCUUCCUUGACUAAGGAAAAGCCCGCAAAAUCACCAUCAAAUCUUGUGUUUGGAUACCUCAAUCUUUUCUCUGAUGGUGUUCACAAUUUUACGGAUGGAAUGGCUUUAGGAAGUGCUUUCCUUCUCUAUGGAUCAGUUGGUGGAUGGUCUAGAACUCUAUUUUUACUUGCACAUGAACUUCCCCAAGAGAUUGGUGAUUUUGGUAUUUUAGUGAGUUCAGGUUUUACCAUACCCAAAGCUCUUUUCUUCAAUUUCCUAUCGGCGCUGGUUGCACUAGCAGGAACUGCCUCGGCUUUGCUCUUAGGACAUGAUCCAGGACAGUCAUCUUUAAUAGAGGGAUUUACUGCUGGUGGAUUUAUAUACAUAGCUGUUGCUGGAGUGCUUGCAGAGAUGAAUAGUAGUGGUAAGACUACAUUCAGAAGUAUAGCCAUCCAGUUAACCUCUCUCAUAAUAGGGAUGGCUGUUGCCCUAUGUAUCUCGCUUGUAGAAUAAGAUUGCAUGCAUGUAGGUGUAGUUGUACUAUAAAUUAUUUGCACAGGAUCAAGGAUUUAUGUUCUCAUGCCCCACCUCUAUUGUGGUUAGUAUUUUCAUUUGGUUCAUCGAAGGCAUAAAGCAAGAAGGAGUUCGGAAGGCAUACCCACUUGUGAAUUCAUGCAAUGAUUAUUUUUUUUAUCCUAUGAGGUCAGGGAUCAGUUUCAUGUAGCUUUAAUUGUGUCUUUUUAUCCCUAAUCCUUCAUAGGAGGUUUAAGUUGUUAGAGCUUGGUGGGACUUGAGAGGUGUAACAUGAAAGAAGCCUAAAGCCUACUAUUUAUUCUAAAAACAACUUGGGAGCUGUGAACUAGAUUGCUUGUGUAAUUUGAUGUCAUUGUAAGGCUAGUGGUUAUCUUUCAAAUGAUAUUUGUUAUUAUGAUUGCCUACU